AAACGACGACUGUUAUUUCAAAGUCUUCAGGUUCUACAAUAUCAGAUUCUACAAUAUUUACUGUUGCAUCACUGCCACAUUCUUCUUCUUCUUCUCCAUUAAAGAGAAAAUUUAUUGUAUUAAAAGAUGAAGAACAAGAAUUUAAUCCUUUAUAUAUUUCCUGA